AUGUUCGCCCUCUACGUUAUGAUGUUGUUAUCGCUCGUGGCGACGGGAUCGGCCGUCGGCGUUCGACCAGUCCAAAGCAUGGCCGUGGAAGGCAACUUUAUCUGUAAUGGACGGCCAAUGAGAGAUGUGGUAUGUUGUUUUGUCUAUUUUUGAUUAUUUUUAUUUUUUUUAAUUUUUAGCUUUGCACAGUGCAAUUAUUUUUAUGGUUGCACCGUGCAAUUGAGUUUUGGUUUUAAAAAAAAAUUUUUAAUAAGUCAGAAUUUACUUGUACAGGACACAAUGUUUACAUACCUUCACAAAAAUUCAUAUUUUUUUCAUUUUUCACUUUAUUUGAUUCAAAUUUUGUAAUUUUAAAAACUGCACGGUGCAGUCAAAAUCACCCUUGUACCGUGCAAUCAGAUAAUUAUCCAAGUUUGUACAUAUGAUAUACACAUGUAUAAAAAUAAUUUUAGAAUGUAUAUAGGGUGUUUACAUACGAAAUGCAUAAGCUUUCCAAAAACAAAAAGCGCUUUUUGAUCGCCAGAACUUUUCAUAGCUGAUCGUUGAUCAAGAAAACACAUAAAUCUGAUAUAAAGGAUGUGGAUGGCCCUUGAGGACAUAGAACAACAAUAAAAAUGUCCUUGAGGACAAAGAGCAACAACUGAAAAUGGCAUUUUGUUCUUUGGAAUUUAAAUAUUUUGAGAAUUUGCACUGUGCGAUUGAUUAAGUUGAUUGCACCGUGCAGUUUAUUUCAAACCUUUGUAAAUAGGCAUGAAAUAUAAAAUUAAAAAAAUUAUGACACAAUAAGUAUAGAAUAACUUUAAUUAAGAAUAUUAAUUCAAAAAACAAAAAAGUUACAUGUGGUUUUAAAAAGUUAUGGCAUUUUUAAAAAAAAUUGCACAGUGCACUAAAUAUUAUAAAUUUUUAAACAUUUCUUAUUGCCAAAACUUAAUUUCAAAAUUUCAGAAAGUAAAACUAUAUGACCACGACACCUUUACCUUGGACGACUUGAUGGCCAAGACCAAGAGUGACAGCAAUGGCCACUUCUACCUAAAAGGUCAUGCCAAUGAAGUCAGCCGAGUCACUCCAAAAUUGAAUGUGUAAGUUAAGGUUUAGGUCAUAACAUACUUAAUUUUAUCAUAGAAUGGGAAUGGCGAUAUUAUUUUUUGUGUUAUUAUUUACCUGUAUGAUAUAUACAGAAAGAUGUCACAAUGAUAUUGUUGUAGCCACCUGUAGACAUAUUAAUAUGCCAUGUUAUUACACAUACCUAUAGAUAUAUUAAUAUAAGAUUUUAUUAUAGAUACCACCGUUGUAAUCAGCUUCUGCCCGUUUGUUAUCAGAAGUUCAGCAUCGGAAUCCCAAAAGACUACAUCACUUAUGGUAACUCUGUACCCUCAAAAACAUACGAUUUGGGAACAUUAAACUUGGACGGUAAAUUCCCAGGCCAAGGAAGAGACUGCCUCAACUAA